GGAGGCAAAUCAUCAGUCGUUCAGUUACUCCAGCGGGAGUUGUCGCACUGCCCCGGCCCAGAGAGUGACGGAGUUGGACAAACAAACUGUGCUCAUCCGUGUCGUGUGAUAACAGAUCGAUUAUUCAUCGGCUGUGCUAAGUGAUAAUAAUUAGUUCAGUGCGAUUUGUGCCCAUGCAAGGACACUCUUCAAAUCCAUUCUGUGGGGCGCAGACAUGACUGCGGAUUCUCUUCCCUCACGCACGCUUUUCCGCGCUAUUAAUAGUCCGAGUGUGCGGCAGUGAAUGUUCCUUUUUUUCCAUUUUGCUCUGAAAUAGGAGUAUUUUUAGUAUUUUUACACAUUAAAAAGCGUCCAUUGAAGUUUCGGUGGUACCGCAAGAGAGUUUUGUGGCUGAAUGUUGAAUGCUGUGAGAAAAUUGGUGUUUUGUUGAGUGUGUUUUCAAUUCUUAUACGGUUAAUCGGCGGCAGAUGGUACUAAUUUCCUCAAGACUUCAUCAUGGCUCAAGGUGUCACAGCCAGAGUUUUCCGGUGCUUCUGUGACUGUUCUGAUCUCACUGAGAAGGAGAUCCAGGACAUUGUGAUGGGUCAUCCAGAUCUCGCCUUUACUGAUUCCCGCGUUAAGCAAUUGUUCAGAGCUUACAUGGAUAAAUUCCAUCCACCGACGAGACGCGAACAGAUGUGCCUGAAAUACCUCACUUGCUACGAGAUCAGCGAACAACUCCUCAGGAAGCCGGCCAGCGAUCGACUGGACUUCGAGAUGAACUUUCAGCUGUACGAAAACUGUCCGACUUACGCGUGGGAAAGGAUUCUCUACAACGCCAUCCAGGAUCACACGCAUCCGCAAAAGCUGGAGGAGACCUUGCACCAGUUUAUGUUGGAGCUCAAGAGGUACUUCGAGGAUGACACCCACAACUACUACGCCCUGUUCAAGGAGGAGCUGAUGAAGAAGCUGCAGCAGACGUGAUAUUGAGAAGCACCACAAGAUGACUCUUCCUAGCUUCAGGCCUUGUGACGUUGCUUCUAGAUUCGCCGCACUCAGUGUUAAUGAAAAAACCUCACAGAUAUUAUUGAUAAGAGAAAUAGAGAGGAUUUAUUGCCAUUAACUUCCGUUUGUGUGUCUAUUCUUGAUCGCACGAGUGUGCUUUGGAGACUUUUUCCCGCGCGCCGUCAUGGCGGUCUCAGCGCCCAUUUAUGGCAGAUUGCAUUUUAUGGCGAAGUGUCAUCCGAAGCUGGUCAGCCCAGCACGAAUCCUCCGCUCGCAGUCCGCCAGUCAGUUGAUUUUCCAAGUGUUUCGACGCCUGUUGUCACCAUCCGGACGCCUCAGCAGCACCCAGACGAGUCGUGAGAGUCGCACAGAAAAUGUCUUUGCCAGCAGAUAACAUCAAGGUUUGCGUGGUGGGAUCGGGAAACUGGGGAUCAGCCAUUGCCAAAAUUGUGGGCCACAAUGCAGCCAAAUUGCCAAACUUCUGCGACAGGGUCACGAUGUACGUGUACGAGGAGAUGAUCGACGGCAAGAAGCUCACGGAGAUCAUUAAUGAGCAGCACGAGAACGUGAAAUAUCUGCCUGGUCACAAAUUGCCGCCCAAUGUGGUCGCCGUUCCUGACGUCGUCGAGGCGUCCAAGGAUGCCGACAUCCUGAUCUUCGUGAUUCCCCACCAGUUCAUCCGCGGUCUGGCCGGCCAGAUGCUGGGCAAGAUCAAGUCCACCGCCGUGGGAUUGUCACUGAUCAAGGGCUUCGACGUGGCCGAGGGCGGCGGCAUUGCGCUGAUCUCGCACAUCGUCACGCGUCACCUUAACAUCCCGUGCGCCGUGCUGAUGGGCGCCAAUCUGGCCAACGAGGUGGCGGACGAGAAGUUCUGCGAGACCACAAUUGGCUGCAAGGACAUCAAAAUCGCCCCCGUUCUGCGGGACAUCAUCCAGACGGACUACUUCCGUGUCGUGGUGGUGGAUGAUGAGGACGCCGUGGAGAUUUGCGGUGCUCUCAAGAACAUCGUGGCGUGUGGCGCAGGUUUUGUGGAUGGCCUGAAAUUGGGUGACAACACCAAAGCGGCCAUCAUUCGUCUGGGUCUCAUGGAGAUGAUUAAGUUUGUGGAAGUCUUCUAUCCCGGCGCCAAAUUGUCCACCUUCUUCGAGAGCUGCGGCGUGGCGGAUCUGAUCACCACGUGCUACGGUGGGCGCAACAGGAAGGUCUCCGAGGCCUUCGUGACGUCCGGGAAGAGCAUCAAGGAGCUGGAGGAUGAGAUGCUGAAUGGACAGAAGCUACAGGGUCCCAUCACGGCUGAAGAGGUGAACUUCAUGCUGAAGAAUAAGGGAAUGGAGGACAAAUUUCCUCUCUUCACGGCCAUCCAUCGGAUUUGCACGGGUGUGCUGAAGCCAAAGGACGUGAUCGAUGCGAUACGCACACAUCCGGAGCACAUGCCUCGCUCGAACUAUGCCAAACUCUAGAACCUACCAAUUAAGCCUGUGUUCAUAAAAUCAAACAUUUAACAAGAAGAUUCCAAAAUGCCAGACUGGAUAAUGCGUGUGUUUGUUUAUUUCACCAAAAAAAAAACAAGUCUUGCACUCUUUGUCCGUGUGUAAACUAAAAUCUCUAGUGUUAAGGAGCACCAGCUUUUGUAUUUCACACCACUUUUGAUAAGUUCUUUUUUACAAAGUUUUGUCAAAGCUCUUCAUCAUCGCGGGAUGAAUUAUUUUGUAACGCCCUGUCUUUUCUCUUCUUCCAAUCUCUUCACAGGCAAACCUUUGGUGCCAAGUGAGAGUCUAUAUAGAUAUUCUUUGAGAGUGAAGAAAAAUGUUAGAUGAUGUUUUUUUUGGGG